AUGGCUCGUCAACCACAGCCGGUUCUGAGCUCUUCUUCGCGAAUGCAGUCAGCUCCGAUCAACAUUGCAUACAGUAAUCGCGACGAUCAACAAGUCUGGAGAGACAACUACUACCGGUGGAAUCAUCAGCAACAGUUUCAGUUUGAUGAUGAUCAAGAUGAAGACGUUCAGCAGAACCAUCAUUCCGAAAAUGCAGAGGAUCAGUUCAUCAUGAUGCAAAACGGUUUCUCAGGAGGUGUCAUCGAGGAGAUCGAACAGACAAGCGAAAACGACAAUCAGCCAGAUGAGAAUGACGUCAACGAACAAAUCGGAAACAAUGACGAGGCGAUAACACAGCAAAAAAUUGCCGAGAUGAAUGAUGACCUCUUUGAACAGCUGCUGGCGGAGAACGAGCGCAAGUUACGGCAACUGAUCAGCUACGUUGAGAACGUUCAUCUUGUACUCAAAUGA